CAACAAGAAGAAGAAGAAGAAGAUUCCCAAAUGUGUCAUAGAGACACUUAUCAAAAAUGUUUUAAAAUUUGGCUUAUAACUAUAGCAACUAUUCUUGUUAGUAGUGUAAUCGUGUAUGGUUUGGUUGUACCCCAACACACUAUGGAACCUCGUUAUUCUAAUGGUACUCAUAUUUUUGCACCCACAGUCAUUCUUAUUUCAUUAGAUGGUACAGUGAAUCAUGAUUUGGAUCUUCAUGUAACACCUGUUCUAAGUCAAAUGGCUCAAGAAGGAGUAAAAGCAAAAUACAUGACUCCUUCAUUUCCACCAAUUACUUUUCCCAAUCAUUGGUCAUUAGUUACCGGCUUGUAUCCUGAGUCUCAUGGUAUUGUAGGAAAUUAUUUCUAUGAUGUAGAUCUAAAUGAUAGCUUUUAUUAUAAAAGUCCUGAUCAAAGUUGGGAUUCAAAAUGGUGGGGAGGCGAACCUAUUUGGAUUACUGCAGUAAAGCAGAAUAAAAAGUCAGGUGUCAUUAUGUGGCCUGGUUGCAGUACAGUCUUUGAGGAGGAUCUUCGUCCAACCUAUUCAGUUGCUUAUAGCGACUAUGUAACAUUUGAUGAAAAGGUCGAUCAAGUCUUUGAUUGGUUUGAUUUAUCCUUAGAGGAUAGACCUCAGUUUAUUGGUCUGUAUGUGCCUCAAAUUGACCAAGCAGGACAUGCCUAUGGUCCUUACGCCAAUGAAACAAUAACCCAAUUAAAAAAAGCAGAUCAAAGUGUUGGAAGAUUAUUAAAGGGUUUAGAAAUACGUAACCUAACUGACAUUGUCAACGUGAUUGUCGUCAGUGAUCACGGUAUGUCUGAAACUUCGUCUUCAAGACUUAUCUUUUAUGAAGAUUUUCUUAGUCAAGAAGAACUUGAGUUAAUUUGGCGAGUUGAAGGAUAUCCCAUUUUUGGUAUACGUAUUCGACCCGAUCAUCCUGCUCCUGAAGCAGCUGUGGAUCAACUGUAUAAGGCCUUCUUACGUAUCCAGGCCCAUUAUCCUCAUAUACAAGUUUGGAAACGUGAGCAAGUACCUGAGCGUCUUCAUUUCCGUCAUCAUGUAGCACGUAUUCCUCCUUUAAUUGUCUUGCCUGAUCCUGGCUGGAAUCUAGUGAGUCAUGCAGAGUAUGACCCUCGUAAAGGUCUUGAUUAUCAGCCCAAGGGCGUACAUGGCUAUGAUAACUUAUCGCCUCAAUCAAGGGCUAUCUUUGUAGCUCGUGGCCCCGCCUUUGAACAAGGUCAAACAAUUCGCCCAUUUUGGAAUAUUGAGCUCUAUCAUUUAAUGGCACGUAUUUUAUAUCUUACACCUACAAGCAAUAAUAAUACCUUGAAUGGUUUCCUUGAAACGAUGUAAUCAUCACUCUCUCACACGCACACAAUAAAAUUAAAAAAGAAAAAAAAAUAAAAUAAAAAAUAAAAAAUAAAAGUUUUAUUAUUUAUUAUCCAUGCUGCCAACGGUUUGUUUCAC